UAUCUUUUGUUUUAAAGUUACAAAGAAGAACUGUUUUUACUUCAAAGAUAAUUAUGUUUGACAUACAAGGAGGACACCUAUAAACUCUAAAACCACAGAAUGUGCAGUGUUACCCAAUAUCAAUAUCACAAAUUAUAGGUUUUGUUUAAAAGAAAGCUGAAGAAGACCACAAGCCUGGAGAACAAUACAAGUGGGAUGUACAGCAAAAGACAGAAGAAAACUUGAUUGUUUAGGUUGAAGUUUUAUAUGAAGCAGGUAUGACAUAAGAACAUUGAAAAAAGGGAAAACAAAGGCUAUACCAUGGGUGAUAGAGCUUUAAUAGUGAAUGCACCCCCUCAUCAUUCACCUGUGAACACCAUGAACUUUGGAAGUACAAGUUGGUCACCUGGAAAUACCAUGAGUGCUAGCUACGGUUCAGUGAGCCGAUCUCCUGGUAACACCAUGAGUUCUAGUGCUAAUUUUAAGUCCAUGAACAUGCAGGGCGAAAACGGAAGCUUUAGUGCAAUGGAACAGCAAAUGUACCAAGCCGAAUCCAAGUCAGAGUUCUCCACCAUGUCAACAGAAGGUGGUGGAACAACAUACCAUUCUCAAAGCCUCAACAGGUUUCCUCAAAAUGCUACAGCAGAGAUUAGGCAACUAGAUUCCAAUCAAAAUCAUUUACCGAAAAUGAGUUCCGUGGAUACUCAGUCAUUGAGGAGAAUAAAAUCUGAGACUACAAUGGUAAAUGAUACAACUGUGGAGGACAGUGGAGGAAGAACAACGGUCCACAUUACUGGACCACCUCAGUCUAUGAUAGUGUCAGAAUGUGCUGUGGCAGAAAUGAAGGGUAGUGGAACACAAAGUAUGACCUCAGAAGUAAAGAGGAGAGGUACUGAACAGAUUACAACAACAUCUGAACAGAAAACAACAUUGUCAGAAGGUGGGCAGUGUACAUGUUGUCCCUAUGGCUACCACAUUGAUCUUGGUUUUGUGCAAUAUUGUGAAAAUAUGUCUGAUGGAGCUUAUUUGAAAAAGUUGAAAAGAAUCCAGCGAGAAAAGAGAAAAUUACGCAAAUCCAUGGAAGUUUUUCUACAUCAGCAAGAAGAGGCAAAAACAACUCAGGAAUAUUAUACUCAGCCGGAAACCGUAAGUGUACAAGCUACUGCUUUCUUAAAAGAUGUUGAGCGACAGAAUAAUGUAACAAACAAAGUUUUAGAUGAAAUAGAUUCAUCUGUUGACCAUACCUUACAUUCAAUAGACUCUAUGAUGUAUACCGCAAAAACUUCGAGGAUGUUCUCUGAGAGUGAUGAGACAUCAGCAUCCUCAAGUCCAGGAACAACAGUAAAAUUUAAUACAUUCCCAAUGAAACGAGGGAAAGACAUUCAGGAAGAUAUUGCAAUAUAUAACAAUAGUUUUGAGAGGAGUGGUAGAACAGAUUCUCAGAGUUCAUUAUCAUCUAUUUCUACUGUAGCUAGUGAACGUUCUUCUCCCUAUACACCAUACAACUACACUACAACAUCAACUAGUGUCACCAGUGAAACUAUCUCUAAAAUUACCCAUAUUACAUCUGAUCAGCUGGCAGCUACCAUGGCAACACAUUUACCAACAGAAGAUGGUGCUGCAUCUCCUCAGUCAUCCACUACUACCAUAAACAAAAAUUCCCUCACUGCCAUUCGUGAGGCAAUGGCCGUAAGUUUGCAGCGAUUGAAAGAAUUAGAGGAGCAAGUUAAAGCUUUACCUGUGUUACAAGUCAGAAUCUCAGUGCUUAAAGAAGAAAAACGUCUCUUGGCACUUCAACAAAAAGCCAAGGAGGUUAGAAAUACAAGAACAAUUGGCGUAGGUGAUAAUAAUGUAAAUGAAGUGCCAUCUCCUACUACUCCAUAUAGGUUUGACUUCAGAGUGAAAUCUCCACCAGUGGCUCCAAAACCAAAAGUACGAUUGGUUGGUGUUGGCGAUCACAGUGUGAUUGAACCAUAUUUACUUCAACCAGACUUGCCAGCAGGUUAUACAAUAAGAGACAAUGAAACAUCAACAGACAGUCAGUUCUACCAACGUGAUACAUAUGUUAUAGAGAGAGAUAGGACACAGUCGGCACUUUACUCACCGUUCAGUAAAACACCAAAACCACAAACAAGAACCAUAGGGAUCGGUGAAGGAAAUGUCUUUGAUGAAUCAAGCAUGAGAAUACACGAAAAGGAAUUAAGAACAGUUAUUAUUGGACAGAAUCAAGGUGUUGGCAAAAGAAAUGUGGGUGUUGACUGUAGAGUUGCCACCAGAGAUGUUGGUAUGAUGUACUCUGCUGAUGAUGAAAAACCAUCAACAAGAACUGUAGGUGUAAAUGUUGAUACCGGUGCUUUUAUGAAUUCCUUAAACUUCAAAGCUGAGGAAAUGAGAUCUGCCUUGAAAGAAGUGUUGUCAAAAAGUGUCAGAAGUAUAGGAACAUCAUGUGAAAUGCAUGUUGAGAAACGAAGUACAGGGGUACAAUAUUCAAGUUCAUUUACACGAUCUAUUGGUGUGGGAGAUGAUCACAUUGACAUUAUCAUUAAACAGCCAGUACACAUGAAAUCAAUAGGAAUUGAUGUUUGUCCACUUUCAAUUAAUAAAUCUGUCAAUACAGAUUAUGGCUGGAAACUGGACCAAAGCACUAACACCAUGCAAUUGUUCAUGGAGAAUAAGUCAUGUGCAACUGAGCGUGCUCGUCAGGGAACUGUGAGCACUAUGACCGAUGAUAAUAGAAUGGUUUCUGAUAAAACACAAACUGAUCUGAAAGUGUUCUAUGCCCUUGAUGUGGUAAAAAACCAGGGUACCAAUCCACGUAAACAACAUCUGAAAAAUACUGCAAUGAAUACUGAAGUGAGAGAAUUAGUAGAUGAAGAUUUUAACCUACGUGUGACAUACAAAUAUAGAGGAUUAAAUGCCUUUGAUGUGGCCACAAACACUGAGGCUGCUAGAAGACAUGAUAUUUCUGUUAAUACUGACAAGAAAAAGCUUCGAGAUGUAGCUGUUAGUGAAGAUACUGUUGAUUCUUUUGUCUGUAACUUUGAGGAGGAAGUACAAGAAAGAAUGGAAGAAGAAACAGUCGAAGAAGUAAUCUAUCGAGAACAGGAUGAAAUCAUUGAAAAAGAAUGGACGGAGAAAACAAGGAAGAGAACUGUUGAAGAGGUUGAGGGACCAGUAGAAGAGAGUUCAGUAAAAACAAUUAUGGUCAGAGACGUUCCAACAGCAACGCAAGUUGUCAGACAAAUUGUUGCUCCUACUGGUAAAGUUAUUAUAAGUAGUCCAGGCAAGAAAACUGGUGAUGAUGAUAUGGUAGAGAAAAAAAUUACAAGUAAAGGAGGUUCUUAUACAUUACAAACAAUAACAAGAAAAUCAGUCAGUGAUGAUGAGGAUGAGGAAAAUGCUGGUCAAACAACUACGACUAUUUCUACUACUGGUAGUGGCUUACGGUCUGGUGGUGAUAGUUCAGAAGGCAGAGAGGUCACUUCAUCCUCUCUCAGUAAGCAGAAACUUGUGGAUGAUACUGAAUUUCAUAGUAAUGUCAAGAGUACACAUGAUCGAGCCUUAAGGUUAAAAGCUAAGAUGGAUAAAUUACAUGGUGAUACUGACACAACAUCAUCAAAAACAACAGUUCAUAGUUCAAGUGGAGGAUACCUUGAUUAUCUGGAUUCUAAAAAAAAAUCAGGUGAUAGAUUUGGCUCUGGUGAAUAUUUAGUGACUUCAUCAAAUAGAACUCAUGGAUUGGGUUCUGAUGAGAAUUUAAAUGAUUCUGGAUCGUCUUUUACAUCAUCUACAACAUCAUACAGAACUAAUGGUGGAGGAUCGGGAACAUCUGAUGGAGGAUAUAAAAUAAUUUCUGCCUCCUCCAGUAAAGUUGCCAGCAUUGGGUCAGAUGGCCAAUCCGGAGGUGGAAGUAAGAUGAUUUCAUCAAGCUCGUCACGAAGUAGUGGUUCAGAUGUCCAGUCUGGAGGUGGAUCUAUAAUGAUUUCAGCAAACUCAUCACAAGGUAGUGGGUCAGAUGGCCAUUCAGGAGGUGGAUACAAAACAAUUACAGCAAGCUCUUCAAGAAGUAGUGGGUCAGAUGGGCAGUCAGGAGGUGGUUACAAAACAAUUACAUCAAGCUCUUCAAGAAGUAGCGGGUCAGAUGGGCAGUCCGGAGGUGGAUACAAAAUGAUUUCAUCAAGCUCUUCGCGAAGUAGUGGGUCAGAUGGCCAGUCAGGAGGUGGAUACAAGAUGGUUUCAUCCAGCUCCUCGGGUGGUAGUGGAAUUUUGGGGUCAGAUGAUAAGUCUGGUAGUGGAUACAAAAUAAUAAAAGCAUCGUCUAGCUCCUCUCGUGGAAGUGGGUUGUCAGGGUCAGAUGAACAUUUAGGUACUUCGCUGUCAUCAUCCCAGACCAGUGAAUCAUCAUCGGAUCAAGGAUUAGGUACAUCAUCUAGUUCUGAUGAAGUGACCACCAUUACUCAGAUUUAUACUCUAGAGGAUUAUUAUGGUGGAGGAAAAAGUUACUAUGAGAAAUAUGUCAAGUCUAAGGAUGGAGGUGUCAAGGUUUUAGAAAGGAGGCCUACUGGAGAAAGUUCUGAUAACAUUGAUUCUAGCUCUUUAAAAUCUUGUAUCAAAACCACGAAAUCUGAGAAAAAAGCAAAAAAAGGAAUACGCUUUGCUGAAAAUGUGGUUGGAGGGUAUACAUCUAGUAGUACAGAUUCUGAUGAUGAGGAUGGAUCAGACAGUGGCUCCACUGCUAGUUAUGAUGAGGGGUCGUAUGAUGGCAGAGAGGGUAGUAUAGUAUACCAAUGUAAAGAUGAUGAAGCUAUUGCUAAAGGAAUUCCUGGAGCCCAGAUGUUUGACCAGAAUAUCCGGGAAACUUUCGAACUUAGUAGAGGGAUGAGAAGUUCAUGUGAAACUUUAUCCAAGUAUUUGGAAGACUCUACAGAGGUUCAAACUAAAGAGCUAAAUGCUAGUUUAGAGAUUAUUAAAGAAGAAUGGUUUAAGAUUUCCAGUGGUAAACUAUCAGAACCUUACCAAGUGGAAGAUUUUAUGUCCAGUUUUAAUGAAAUAUCUAGACGUCUGCUGGAGUAUAUUGUCAAUAUCCAAGAUUCUAAUGGAAACACUGCUCUGCACUAUGCAGUAUCACAUUGUAAUUUCGAGAUAGUCAGUCUUCUCCUCGACACCAGUGUUGUAGAUCUUAACAAACAGAACAAAGCAGGGUAUACAUCUACAAUGUUAGCUACUCUAGCCUACACACAGACAGACAGACAGAGAGAAGUUGUUCAACGACUGUUUUCUAUGACUGAUACUAAUGCUAAAGCAUCUAAGGAUGGUCAAACUGCCCUGAUGUUAGCGGUCAGUCAAGGUCGUACAGAGAUGGUUAAUAUGCUGAUAGAUAGCGGUGCUGAUAUAAAUGUACAAGAUGACGAAGGAUCUACAGCUCUAAUGUGUGCAUGUGAACAUGGCCAUACUGAUAUUGUUAAAAUUCUCCUAGCUCAUCCCGACUGUGAUUCAACCCUUUCAGACAAUGAUGGUUGUACAGCCUUGUCUAUAGCCAUGGAGGCUGGCCAUAAAGAUAUAGGAGUUAUAUUAUAUGCUCAUGUUAAUUUUAAAAGUCAGUCAUCUCCUGCAAUAGUUAAAAAACGAAGAACUUCUGGCAAUACUUCACCUUUACCAAGUCCAACAAUAAGAUAGCAUGUUAAAUAAUGUCCAGAUAAAGCAGAAUAUGGUGAUAAUCUGACCCCAAGAUGGUACUUGAGCAGAGCUUGCCAGAUGUGUUGUCCAGUAUUAAUGCAUUUGUAACCAGUCAAGCAUUUACCAGAAUUUGACACUGUGGAAACAUCAUGUUAAACAUUUUAUAUACAAAUUUUAUAUUAGCUAUUGGUCUGAAAGGAACCAUAAUACCUUUGUAUAAUGCAUGUAAUUUAAAUGUGUACCCUUUACAUUCCAAAAGUUGACCUGUUUUUAUGUCCUACAUCAUGUAUAUUGGUGUACUAAUAGGUAUUUUUAUAAAAAGGUGCAGAUAUUUUUUAUUAUGCUCCUGUACAAAAGUUAGUACUAGUAAGUCAACAUUGAAAAUUUUCGUAUUACCAUAUUUUUGGAAAAGUAUGUUUUAUUGAUAGGCAAAUUUUGUUUAAAGUAAUUUUCCAAAAACUAUGUUCUUCUACCUCAUAUUUUCUUUGACCUGUCAUGACCUAAACAUAAUACUCAGAAAUGCUAAAUUUUGGUGUAUGUACUGUGUUUCUUUAACUGCCAUAAUUGGCCUAUGUCCAUAAGGUAAAGUACAGGCAAUAAUGUAAUGGACGCCGUUUCUUCUUGAAAAAUCUUCUCUUAAAUAUUUUUUUUAUCUGUUAGUAAGAGCCUGAAAAUUUUUAAAUAGUGUCUUAAGGUAGAAACAUAUUUUUUAAACAAUUUUUCCUGAUAAAUAUCAUUUGAAAAAUUUUAAAGGUUCUGAUUGUUUUAAGAUGAGAUAUGGAGAGAAUGGUAAAAAAUAGAUUUAUCACUGUAUUACAAUUGAUUAUAAUGUUGUUAUUAAGUGUUGUUAUAAGUGCUACAGAUCUCAUCCAAAGUGUUGUGUGAAGUGUUGUUUUAGGUGUUUUAACUUAUUUGUUUCACAUUCCAAUGUUAAUUUGUUAUUAUAUUUUUUCUACUAUGUAUGUUGAAUUGACAACAUUUAGGUAUAAACUAGACUCAAAACAUUUUAAAAAUAUGCUACAUUUCGUUAAUGUCUUAGAGAAAGGGAGGUAAGCACCAGAAUUCCAAGUAACUGUCACAAGACUACUGUCUUUGUUUUAGAAUAGGCUUUUUAUAUUUGUAUCAGCUGUUGUAAUAGCCCAUAUUUAUAGAGUGAAUGGAUGGAUUUAUCUUUGUCAACAAUUAUUUAUACAACCAGAGUUUUUAGACUUGAAUUCUAUAUGGUUGAUAAGAAUGAUUCAUUGUGUUGUGCCAUAUUUUAAUUUUUUAUCUGCAAAGGCCACCUGCUUAAUUCAUACUAAACACUGUGUCAGUGAAACUAAAUUGUUAUAAUGCACACGGAAAUAUUUUAAUAUAGUGGGUCCUAUCUUAAGAAGUAAAUUAAAGCUUUUUUUUUAAAUAGCUUGUGAGAGAGGCUAAAUUAUAAGCAUAUAUCAAUGUGUUAAUUUAUGAAAUUUAUAAAACAGUACAAAGUGAUUAUGUAUUUAAGCUAUCAGUUAGGUUGUUUGGGAUUCAUACUCUGUACAUAUUUUAUAUUAAAACUAUUAUACUUCUGUAAUCUUUGAAGUCAUCCAUAUUUUUUAUCUUUUUACCAUGUCAUGAUGACGAAAUUAAAAACAGAUCAAGGUUGUAUAAGACGUAAUGACUUAAUGGAGACGAUUGUUAAAAACAAAUCAAGGUUGUAUAAGAAAUAAUGAUUUAAAGGCAGACAGUCUCGAGUCAAAAAAUAUUACUGUCUAGGUAAAAAGAAAAUAGUAAAGAACCAGUUUAUAGUUUGGGUAAAACAAAUUUAUACAUGUAUUUGCUUUUUUCAUAUACAUAAUUGAUUAUAUAAUUGAAAAUGAACAGUCAAAUGUUAAAUUUUGUUUAAAAAUUCUGUAGGUUGUUAUAUAAAAUGAUGGAUAUGCAAAGUAAAAAAGUAAUUUAUAAGAUUUUCAAAUUACAUUUUAAUGGCAUACAAUGUUUUAAUAGGCAAUAUUUAAAUGGGCAUGAAGUUUUAGUCUGAAUGCAUGAUUCCCAAUGUUUUGGAAAGAACAUUCAUUUUCUUGAUAGAGUUAUUUUCAUUUAGAUCAUUUUAGUAAAACCUCAAAUAUGGCAUUAAACAUGUCAAUACUCAAACAUAAGUUCCUAACCAGUAAGUGUUAAAUUAUAGAUGGUGCUAUUUUUAGAAUACACAGUAUUAUGUUAAUAUUUCACUUAAGUAUUUCUUUAGGCAGUUGAGAAUUCCUUGUGAGUUUUAUAGUAAACAGAAAUGGAUAAUUUCAAAUGUUAGAAUUAUUUCAUUUUUUUUUAAUAUGAAAUUAUAAAUAUCAAAAUGGGUUGGAUUUAGUGUGAUUAUCUUCAAAAGGGUAGUUUUGCAUGACAAGACCCCUCAUUUUUUGUUUUUUUAUACAGUGUUUCACUCUUUUUUUCUGAUGUGAACUGAAUUAUGUUUGAAUAAAAAAAAACCAAAUAGAUACAAAAAAGGAAAAUAUGAAAUUGUUUGACAUUUUAAAGUGAAAUAUUAGCAUAUUACAGUGUAUAAUAUAGGAGGUUAUGAUUCAGUAGGCUGUUGUUUGUGUAUUCUGUAGAUCUGAUACAAUGAAUGUAAAUACAUUAAUAUUUAUGUAGUGCCUCAUUGCACUCUCUGAUAGUUUUACAAUAAAUUGUUUUUGUUAUUACAUAUCAAAACCAUUAAUAAAAUAAAUGACUGUAAAAGAUA